UUUGUGUCUGCAUAUACCUGCGCUGGAACGUGCUAAAUUCUGACACUUUUCUAUCUAAAGUUUUAGUCGGAAAUGGGGCAAAUGGCCAGUGAGUAGUUUACAAGCUCUAAAAUGCUGUGAUGGUUGGUCUACUCUACAGGCUGUUCCGCACCAUUUGAAAAAAAUCACCGUGUCAGUUUCAUCUUUCUUAUGCAAAGUAGCUGUCUUUGAAGGCGGAUCUUUUGGCAGGUUAGCCCAGGACAGUUGCAACGACAAGCUCAAACGAGAAAUGCCACCAACCAGUCCAAACUGAAUAGGUCUGUCUCUGGAGUGGUUAGUUAGGAAUAGACCUCAACUCUGUUUUAGUUAAUAAGGUUACUACACCGUUUGCGUGGAUUUAUCGUGCGCAUUUAGGCUACUCAAACGCGGUGCAAGAGGAAGAGCAAUUUAGUUGAGUUGGUAAAUGACAGACUGGUUCCAUUCGCGCUGCAGGACCUAAUUUUAAUGUCUAUGUGCAGGACAGAGACCGGAGGAUUCCGACCUGACGUUGUUGAAACCGAGGAGUACUGUCCCUUAACGCACUUUUAGAAGCUCUGGAACGUUUGUUUGGAUCGGAACACUUUUAUCCAAUUAGAAAAAGAACCAAGGCAGACAAAGAAAUUGUGCAACGGACUAGGCACAACUACAGUAAAUGCAUUUAAUCUCUUAACAUGUUGGAUUUUUCUGCAACAAAUUGAUACACUUCAAAGCAUGGACAUUAUGGUUCAAAGAGGAGAGACUAUGCAUUCCACUGCUAAACUGAGCCUUAUCAAUGUGCUACUGGUCUGUCUGAGUGGUGGCUGCUCAGCCAUUAGCUCCAUAGACCCAGACCGGCCGGGUGAAGGGAGAUGUCAACAGAUUGUCAUCCCCCUAUGUAAGGACAUUGGCUACAACAUGACAAGGAUGCCCAAUCUGAUGGGCCAUGAGGACCAGAAUGAGGCAGCUAUCAAACUACAUGAGUUUGCCCCUCUCAUAGGGUUUGGAUGCCACACUCACCUCAAGUUUUUUCUCUGUUCGCUGUAUGCACCUAUGUGCACGGAGCAGGUAUCCACCCCAAUCCCUGCCUGCAGAGUGAUGUGUGAGCAGGCCAGGCAAAAGUGCUCCCCUAUCAUGGAGCAGUUCAACUUCCGCUGGCCUGACUCCCUGGACUGCUCCAGACUACCUACUAAAAAUGACCCCAACAACCUCUGCAUGGAGGCCCCCAACAACGGCUCAGACGAGCCCCCCAAAGGCUCCCACACCCAGCGUCCUGACUUCAGGCUUCAGCGGCCCAUGAAGGAGACGGAGAGCAAGGAGACCUGCAGUAACCCAGGCAAGUUCCACUAUGUGCAGAAGAGUGAGUCCUGCGCCCCCAAGUGCUACCCCAAAGUGGAUGUGUACUGGAGUCAGGGAGAUAAGCAGUUCUCUCUGGUGUGGAUGGCUAUCUGGUCCAUCCUCUGCUUCAUCUCCAGCUCAUUCACUGUCCUCACCUUCCUCAUCGACCCCCAGCGAUUUAAAUACCCCGAGAGGCCUAUCAUCUUCCUCUCCAUGUCCUACUGUGUCUACUCUGUGGGCUACCUGGUCCGUCUGUUUGUGGGAGCAGAUAGUAUCGCCUGUGACCGGGACAGUGGGGUCCAGUACAUCAUCCAGGAGGGACUGGAAAGCACGGGCUGCACCAUCGUCUUCCUCAUCCUCUACUACUUCGGCAUGGCCAGCUCCCUCUGGUGGGUCAUCCUCACACUCACCUGGUUCCUGGCUGCAGGGAAGAAGUGGGGCCACGAGGCCAUCGAGGCCAACAGCAGCUACUUCCACCUGGCGGCCUGGGCCAUCCCAGCCAUCAAGACCAUCAUGAUCCUGGUGAUGAGGAAGGUGGCGGGGGACGAGCUGACGGGAGUGUGCUACGUGGGCAGCAUGGACGUGAAAGCUCUCACAGGCUUCGUGCUCAUCCCACUCUCCUGCUACCUCAUCAUCGGCACCUCAUUCCUGCUGUCGGGCUUCGUGGCCCUGUUCCACAUCCGCAAGAUCAUGAAGACUGAGGGGGAGAACACGGAUAAACUGGAGAAGCUGAUGGUACGGAUCGGAGUGUUCUCCGUCCUCUACACUGUACCUGCCACCUGCGUUAUCGCCUGCUACUUCUACGAGAGGCUCAAUAUGGACUACUGGAGGAGCCUGGCCGUGGAGCAGAGGUGUGUUGACAGCAGCAGGAACAAUGCAGAGUCUGAAGAGUGUGGUAUGAAGAGCUCCAUCCCGGCCGUGGAGAUCUUCAUGGUUAAGAUCUUCAUGCUGUUAGUGGUGGGCAUCACGAGUGGCAUGUGGAUCUGGACCUCAAAAACACUGCAGUCGUGGCAGAAUGUAUUUAGCAGGAAGCUGAAGAAGAGGACUAGGAGGAAGGCUGCCAGUGUGUUCACAAGCAGUGGGCCUUACAUCAAGCCUCACCCAGCACUGAAAGCGCACAACACAAAGUAUGAGCCUACCAGGCCCCCUCCUACAUGCGUAUGAGCUGGCGCUCUCACAGACAGUCUGCGAAACCAAAAUCCUUCUAAAGCCCUUACCUAAAACAGACUUUUUAAUCAGAGUGCCAACAAGAGACAACAAUGUUCAUAUUUAUUUGAAGUAUUUUUUUGUUAUCUUGAUCCAUCUCAAGCUACAAGGACAGCCUUUGUUUCAAAUAUCUGCUACUCCUGGAACCACUUAUCCAUUUAAGAACAUGAUAGAGAAAAAAAAAACGUUUUGUUUCCAAGACAAAGAAAUUGGAAUAAACCAUUUGGAUGUGCAAUAGAUGUUUUCCUUAGUGGCAAAAAAAAGACAGAUGAAAGACAAUGAAAAGAUUCUGACAAAAGGGAGUGAAUGGUCUGGGAGAUGGAGACCCUUUAGUGUUGCGUUGUUUGGCUUUUUAAUGGAAAUCAAGGCAGUGUCACAUGUUUGGACUGAAGUGAGAAAGCAGCUGUUGAAAGGGGCUCAGGAUUGCAUGGACUGCCUAAUGUGACGCAAAAUCACGCCACAACAUAAAUCAACAAGCACUGGACAUCGCAAAAGUGACUAUUUGUACAGACAGUUUUCCUGUUGUUGUAUCUUUGCUGUUUUAUAGCACAAGGGAGCAUUUGUAUAUAUUUCUUGAAGUUCAUAUUUUAUUAAAAAAAUAAAUAAUAAAACAUUCCAGUUUUAAAUGUCCAAAACUGGAACUGUAUAUUAUAACUGUGUGGGUUUUAUAUGUCAUGUGAAUGAGUUCACAAUGGGUUUUUACAAAAAGCACAUUUCUCAAUGACAUUAUUCCAUUGGACAUUUGAAGAUAGUCAUCACUAACCAUUGAUGUGAAGGUAUGGAAUAUUUCAAUCAUCCACUGUUGUCUGAGCGUGUGUGUGUGUGUGUGUGUGUGUGUGUGUGUGAGAGAGAGAGAGCCGUGCACACACUUGACUUACAGUAUCUCUCUUUUGAGAGGCUUAUGCUUUUAAUUACAUAGACAAAUUGGUGUUUGAUGUUAGCCUUGUGAAAACUCUGACUUCUGUUGAUACCUGAUAGAAUGGAGUGCACUCUCAAUGAAGUACAUACAGGAUGAAGAAACAAUGGCAUCUGUACACGUCUGUUUUAAUUGUUGAAAAGGAAAGCAUCAUGGGUAAUCCAGAGCCCGCUCCCCCCAUAGCGCAUUUAUUAGAGAUGACUAAUAGAAAAAAGUUUGAUGACAUCAAAGAGAUUAUGAACAAAGCACUUUUAUAUUAUUGUAGAGUCGACCAUUUUUAAAGCAAGGUUUUCAUAUUCCAUUCCUAUUAAAAUGUUCCUGUUCACGCCCAUGUUUCAUACAUAAGCUAUAAGGAAACAAAGGCUUUUAAGUUUGUUUUGUUUUUGGUUCACAGUUUUUGAGUUUGUUUGUAACAUAUAAAAUCAGACAAUAUUUAUCUAGAGCCUUCGAUUUAUUUCAUCGCAAGAAAAAAGGUGCUAAAAUCGAAGACUAGAUAAAAAAAGUGCCUGAUUUCAUGUUAGAAAUAAAUGGAAAAACUGUGAACCAAAAACAAAACAAACUUAAUAUGCAAAUAAGGGUCUGAUAUGAUCAUCUCACAAAUAACCUCUCACUCAAAGAACUCACUCAAGUCAGGCUUUGAUUAUGUUUCUGAGAUAAUCAGUCCACUGCUUUUAAUGUUUUUUCUCGAAUUACAGUUCUGCUCUGACUUCUUUAGGCCUAUAGAUGAACGUCUAUGCAGUUAAGUUCAGAUAACACAGAUAAUGAUUUUGUUUUUGUGCCUUUUUGUCAGGUCACUGAUUCAGUCACGUGUGUUUUCAUGCGUGUGUGUUUUAGGGAUGGGGAUUAUGCAAUAAUCCUACAGUCAUUCAGGACAGGAUUAGGCAGUUUGAAGGGUCUGGCUUUGAGAAGAGGAUAACUGCAAACAAAAUAAACUAUAUCUGUCAUCUACCCUCCUCUUAUCACCCAGGCAUAGUGAUAUUUCUAAAGACACAUCUGGCCUGGAUUUCAAGCUAUCAUUUUGACUGAGACUCAUUUUCAAUAGCAUGGUAGGCUAUUGACAAACUAAUAUAUCUGUUAGCGUACUAAUUUGGGUGGGGGUUAAAUGCUCUCACACUGUAAACAAUUAUGUAAACAGGCUGUCAUUGUAAAUUGGUAUUUGUUCUUAAAUGACUUGCCUGGUUAAAUAAAGGUUAAAUAAAAUUCAGGCCACAUCCCCUUCAAACUACAAGUCCAUUUUGGAGCGGAAACCACACUAACAUGAGCUCAGCUACCCUCUGGGUUUUGUCUUUAGGAUUUAGAGAGGUUACAGCACAAGACCAAGUGUGUAAAAUGUCAUUCUAAUGUGAGGGUACUUUUUAGCCUAUUAGACUUGAAUACUCAACUACCAGCAAUGAAUACCCAUUUUCAUUAGGUCAUACCAUAAGAGACAAUUUCAGAAAACACCAAAAAACAAGGAUCAUUCUGCACCUUCAUUUUAACUUUAAGGUUUUGUGGCUUUUAAUAUGCAUGAGAAGAUCUCCCAGACCCAGGUAUAAUAAUGUUGCAGGUUGAGUGUAAAUAUGUGCUCUCCCCUGAGGGCAUUCAAGUUCCAGCAUCAGCCCAACCCGUUUUAACAGUGAAAAGCACAUGACUCACUGGCUGAAUCAAAUUCAAGUAGUUGAUACUCUGUGUUGUGAAAAAGGUGAGUGUUUUCGAGGGCUUCAACAGAGGCCACCUGGAUAACAGCCCCCGAGGUGUCUGGGAAAGCUGUAAAUAUGACAGUUACCAACCUCUUCCUCUGGAGCGUAUGCUUCUAAGUUACUUCAAUGUUUCCCUUUGAAAAGAAAAUAGUAUGUGAGCAAGGGCACAGUAGUGUCAGCCCAAAAUGUUUUGGAAUAAACUACACGUGCUUCUGAAUUUCUCUCCGGUAGAGUUCUUGUUUUCAUGACACUGUAUCACAGAUGAUUAGACCUGCUAUUCCUCAUUGCUGGCAUUGUUUUCCCCUAACAGUGCAAAGGCUUUAUAGGUCUGGAGCUAUGAUUGAAUCAACCAAGUGGCUCAUUAGAUAGUGUGUGUGUCACAUGGCCCCUCUCAUAGCCCAGUUGUUGUCCCUAGUGAUGGUGUGGUAGACAACAUGUUUUGUUUGUCCCAGUGGGGAAUCUGGCAGCCGGCAUGUAACUGGGGAUAAGGGUCUUCAGAUCACCAUAUCUCAAAGAAUGACCAUGGCCCCAAUCUGAAAGGCCUCACUCAUCCCCCACAGCCCCUAUCACACUCACUCUCUCAUUCCCUCACCCUUCACUUCCUCGCAACUUUUCCUCUCAACAACUCUCCUGUUAAUAUGACACUCACAGACUGUAGUUCUCUACAGCAGCAGUCUUUUGGGGGAAGUGUACAGUGUUUGACAAAAGAGACCGGAGCUUCUGCUUGUGAUCAGCUUACCCACUGGGCACAAACUGUUUGAAUCAACUUUGUUUCAACGUAAUUUGUAAAUGAAUUGUGACUUUAAACCUGCGUGGAAAAUACAUUGGAUUUGAAAAAGUAA